CUAAAUCUCAGUUACAUUGUUGAACCACCAUACGGAAGAUCCGUUUCGUAUCCGCAGCUAUAUCACGUGUCAUACAAUGAUAUAAUAUAUAUGUUCCAGCAAUACGCAGAUAUCACAAACAUCAGUCACUCUAAUGGAAGUGUGGCCGGAGGACUUAUUCUUACGAUAUAUGGAAGACAUUUUGGCGGUAGACUGUCAUCAAAGAGAGCUUACAUCGAUGAUACGCCGUGCGUUGUGACAGAAGUAAUGCCAGGUAAACACAUUACAUGCCAUGUAGCAGCAAAGCCGGAAAUAUUAGGUUCUGACUUUGAAGGAAAUAGAGGCGUGAACUACGAAUACUGGACAAACAUGACUAUAGAUGGUAUAGAAACCAUCCUGUGGCUCGAUAAUCUUGACCCGGGUUAUAAUUUUCAACGGCUUGACGCAGCCAAUCUUGAUUUCGAUGAUGUAAAUGGUACAAGAGGUCGGCAUGCUGGUAAAUUCACAUUUUAUUUCAAGCCACCUCACACUGGGCAUUACCGGAUCACCGUAGAAAUGUAUAUGAGAGGAGGAGGAGCAGCCAAACUAUAUAUGGAUGGCGUUGAGAAAAUGUCAUCUUCUUUCCGAUACGGACAUUCAAGAACGAUGGAUGUCAUUCUACAUAACGAAGUAAAAUAUCUAUUUCAAUUGAUUUACCAUUCGACUGAAGGAAGUGUUUACAUGAAUACAAAAGCAAAAUAUUAUAAUACGACAUUUACAAACACUAUGGUUAAAAAAGCGGACCAAGAACAGCAGAGAAUAAAGAUAACGUCUACUGUCCUAAAUGAGGUUCAGGAUCUCGUUUUCAUAAGAGAAUUAAAGCAGAAUCAUGUUUUUGAGGUUCAAACGGUUACAAUAGAUUCAGUGUCGCAUGAUUUGUUCAGGUUUGGAUUGUAUGGUGUAUUUACAGAACCAUUGUCUAUAUCAUUUACUGAAAAAGAAAUCCAAGAUUCACUGUUGGCUUUGCCAAUAUGGGGACCGCACGAAUCGGUUUCAGUUAAGAGAAGUUAUAGUCCAGCUUUAUCAAUACCAACUUUUACUUAUGAAAUCACGUUCAUCACUACAAGAGGAAAGAAACAACCAUGA